AUGACGGAAGUCACUUUGGUCAUUGUGGCAGUUAUGAUGACGUACUUUGGUGACUGGGGUAGUUUUGAUGACGGUAGUUACUUUGUUGAUUGUGCUAGUUAUGAUGACGGUAGUUACUUUGGUGAUUGUGGUAGUUAUGAUGACGGUAGUUACUUUGGUGAUUGUGGCAGUUAUGAUGACAGUAAUUACUGUGGUGAAUGUGGUAGUUAUGAUAACGGUAGUUACUUUUGUGAUUGUAGCAGUUAUAAUGACGACUGUAUUUACUUUGGUAAUUGUUGUAGUUAUGAUAACGGUAGUUACUUUGGUGAUUAUGGUAGUUAUGAUGACGGUAGUUACUUUGGCAGUAAUCAUGACGGUAGUCACUUUGGUGAUUGCGGUAGUUAUGAUGACAGUAGUUACUCUGGUGAUUGUGACAGUUAUCAUGAAAAUAGUAGUUUGGUGACUGAGGUAGUUAUGGUGACGGUAGUCACUUUGGUGAAUUGUGGCAGUUAUGAUGACGGUAGUCACUUUGGUGAUUGUACUAGUUAUGAAGACGAUAGUUACUUUGGUGAUUGUGGCAGUUAUCAUGAAGGUAGUACUUUGGUGAAUGGUGAUGGUAGUUGCUUUGUAGAAUGUGCAGAAUUGAUGACAUAUGAUGACGGUAGUUACUUUGAUGAUUGUGGUAGAAAUGAUGACGGUAGACACUUUGUUGAUUUUGGCAGUUAUGAUGACGGUAGUCACUUUGGUGAAUAA